GACGAAGGUGAGCGGCGCGGGGCAGGACCCGCAAACUUGACCGAGUGAGUGCAACGCUCAGAGCGGGAGUCCAGGCCCGCAGCAAUGUACCCCAAAAAGCUGGGGGGUGCUUGCCGCCUGCUUCUGCCGGAGCUGGGCUUAAAAGGGAGGUCCCGGGACAGGUGUGCCAGGGCGCAAGGGAGGGCCAUGCCGGGCUCGUCGACCCUCCACGUGCUGCAGCUGCUGCGGGAGCUGCUGGCCUUCGUGCUGCUCAGCUACACGGUGCUCCUCGGGGCGCUGCUGCUGGCCGGCUGGACCACCUACUUCCUGGUGCUGAAAUGACAGCGCCGCGCGCCCGUCCGCGUCCCCGUC